AUGUGGGAGGUAGCUGUCGGCCAGGUUUUUUCUCCUCCCGUCCAUCUCAAAACACAUACCUUUAUUUUCCUUUUUCCUCGGCGUUUUCCUUCUCUCCCCUUUUUUCUUCUCUCUCCUGCCCAAGAGGCGAAGCGACAAGGAAAGAAGUGAAAUCGAAGGAAAAACUGCAAUUAUCAAGAGAAGGCCUCGUUUUAUAAAUAGUACCACAAGCAGAUUAAGAUGUACACUGUCUCAAAUCGUCCCAGUUCGAUUGUCGCUAAAACGAGAAGAAAUAUAUUGCAAAACGUAGAAAGGCUGGAAAAUUUGAGGGAAGCUAAAAAACCUCAACAAUACGAAGAAAACACAAGUUUCAGUGUUCCAAAACCCGUAUUUCAGCCGGUGAACGGAAAGAAAAACUAUACGUCAAGAACGCAACACAACCAUAUCACACCACAACAAGAAGAAGUUAUAAAAUUCAUUUAUGAUUCAUGGAUGUCAGUCUGUAAAGAAGGUGAAGAAACAGAGAAGAAAAAAGCUCAGAGUUCAAGAGUCGUUUAUUACGAAAGUCAACCAAACAACGAACUGAAAGAUUUCACCCCUUUCGAUUUGGAGUCUUGGUGGGGAAAACGACUUUUCAACACGAUAACAAAGUCCAUUCCUUGAGCGGUCGCAACAGAUUCGCCGGGCUGCUCAACCUGCGCCCACAAUCGUUGGCACUGACAGAUAUCUCAAGACAAUACUUAGUGUAUAUUGCACAAUUUGAUAUAUCCGUUCCUUUUUUUAACAAAAAAUAAAAUAAAAAAAGAAGGACAGAAUCACUUACUAAGCAAGUAACGUGAAUUUAAAAAAAUGGAUUUUAAUUCGAGGGAAAUUUCCUUUUUAUUAGGGCAUGAAGGAAUUUCCCUUCGGUAAAAAUUUCCAUUACGUAGUCAAUUUCUAGUUGCAUGUGUUUAUAGUCAAACGUUUUCCAUGUUUUCCAGGACUUGUAGUGAUAUUUGUAAACUUUCGCUCGCUUUUUCUUUUUCUUUUUUUUUUUUUUACAAAUCCCAAAA